AUGGCAACAACUCAGGAAGGGGAGUCCGCCGUCGACACCCAAAUGACUGAUUACACCCCGGAUGGAUCUAUAUCAGCCAGCAUGAGCAUGAGUUCUAGCGUCGCUCCGGAGGACAGCAUCUCUUCCAGUAGCUCAUCUAUUCCUCUUGCCAUUGCUCAACUCAAAAAGAAGACCCCUGCAAGACGCCCGCGCAAGUCCACUAAGGAGGGAGGUCGAGCUGGUUCGGCAAGCCCAGCGAAGCGGUCUCCUGGUGGAGUGACCAAGAAAAAAUCAAAGUCUAGUAGACCUCAAGUCAAAAAGCCAGGCCUAGCCGACUCACCACAACCGGCGAUUGGCAACGAAGACGAGCCGUCGAAUGAGAUAGAUGCGGACGGCGAAUUUGAAGAGAACGACGAUGAUCAGGAGGAGCAAGAGGAUUCUGCGCAGGAAAACGGGGAAGUCCAGGAGGAUCCGCUCUCGGUUCCGAAGGAGAGGAGAUCUAAAUGGAAAAAGAAGGGCCAGCAGCCUGACCCCAAUGGACGCUUCCGAGGUCGAAAGCUUGUGAUGUGGCAUCGUCCACGCAUGAUGGAAAAAUUGAUGCUCCAUGUUCAAUACGAAUGCCAGCGUCAAGGUGUACAAAUUCCAUGGGAUAAAGUAGUUCAUCGCUUGAGUCCUGGUUCUAGCGGCGCCACUGCACAGCAGCAUCUGAAUAAGAUCAGAGACAUCUUGGUUGGGGAAGGCCACAUGGUCCCUCCUCUCAUUGGAAAGUUGGGCGCCCCUGCACCGCCAGACACGCCAAGGGGAUACGUCCGAGACCUAUCUUCUGACGAUCCUCAUGUUACUAGAAAAGUUCUGUGGAGCGAAGAAACAGAAGAUCUCAAAGAAAGCUUAGUCGUGCCAGGCGUUAUUCGAGGUUCUGGAGCGUACCGCAAGUAUGAAGUUGAUGUCAAAAGCCACGUCAAGAGGGCGCUGUCUCAACUCAAGGUCAAGGAAGAGUCGACCCCGGAAGAGCUGGCAGAGCUUGCAUGCAAGUCCUUUAAGUACGAAAGUCUCAAGAAAGACAAUACUCUCCGACUAGGCAGUGCUUCUCAUAAAACAAAGUACGCCGAUCGUGAGGAGCCUUCCCAGAAAGCUAAACCUCGCGGGGCCGCCAAGGCAGGCAGUGUUGCAAGAGCCAAGCAAGCUGAAGCAGACAUGGAUGAUCUCGAGGACUUCAAUCGCAAAUUUGUAGGCAAGUCCAAUUCGUCCAAAAAGACACGGGUGACCAAGGCUCCUCGUCUGAAGGUUGAUGAUGGAGCAGACGAGGAUGAUGACGAAGAGGAUGAGGUAGACCCGGCCGAGCUCUUCUCUGAUGAAGAAUACACUCCUGGUAUCACUAGCAAGCCGACAACAAGAAGCAGAAGAUCUUGCCGGAAGCAGGUGAAGUAUAAUGAGUCUUUCGAGUCUGACGUCGACGACGCGAACGUGACGCCAUCCAAGGUCAAAAGCAGGACUGACUCGGAGGUUCCAAUGACCCCACCGAAUACCGGAGUGAGUGGUGGGCAGCAUGGCCAUGAAUCCACUCAAACGAUGCUUUCCAGACAAUUUCGUCAGUCUAGUAUCGCCGAGGUUUCUGAUUCAGAUCAGUAUAAUUAUGACACAGUAGGGACACAUUUGGCUGACAGCCCGUCGGCGAUGGGCCACAGCCGAAUGAAGCAGUGCUCCCAGGCAGAUGCUAGCUUCAGCGGUUCCACGCAAGAACAACAUCCUGCUCAGAGUCCUCGUGGGUCGAUCGACGAGAGAUUCCAAGAGAAGUGUUCCUACCAAGUCCAUGAGAAUCAGGAAGUCAGACACAGCCAAGCCAUCAAGUUAGAAUCGGAAUCGCCACGGAAGAUGAACAGCUCGCUGCUACUAUUUGUAGGUGACACAAUAUACACCAACAACAACAUGAAUGCCAUUGUCCUUCCAGAUUACCCCUCUAUUGCUUACGAUGGCAUGGCAAACCAAUUUUCAUCCGAUGCUGUAAUCCAUGGUGACAUGGACCUUGCACCCUACGGCAGCAUGGCAGGAGUCUCCACCAGCAAUGAUGUCCCGCAGCAAGCUGCAUCUCAUCUUCACUCUUUGUCAUCCUCAUCUCAUGAAGCCGAAGAAUUCUCACAACUGGUCCACAGCCCAGGAUUCGGUGGCAGCGAAGCCCAAGUCUCGUUCACCAAUACAUGGAAUGAUACUGAUCAUGCUAGACAGCAUGUAGGAUCUCAGCAGGAGGCGUAUGGAGAGUUCGCGGCAGAUCACGGAAUCGCCAGUUAUCAGAGCCAGGAAGCCUCCGAUCACAGUUUUCAUGGAUUGCCACUCCCAGCAUCUAACAACGGUAUUGGUUUUGGCUGGACUGGGCCACAUGACGAUGUUUUCGCCAAUUCUGAUUUCCUGGGAGAUGGCCACCAAGAUGAGUUCAAUCCCUGGACGGAGCUGAGCGCCAAUCAUCAACAACCCAAUUCCAACUAUAUGGGAAUGGGAAACUUUACUCACAGGAGGGACAAUUAG